AUAAUUUGUUCAGAGACUGAGUGUGUGUGAUGUUGCAUAUUUAUAUUUUCCUUAUGAUCUAAUUUGUUGUUUUCAGAUUCCUUCACCCGGGGGUGACAGACAAAGGCAACUACAAUAUGUUUGAUGUGGUCCGCGGAGUUCCCACGGGGGCUCCGUACACAGCGCCUCCCAGAGACGUCGCUCCACCAGAGUCAGCCUGGGAAAGAGGAUUACGGACUGCUAAAGAGAUGCUGAGGAUAGCGAACAAGCGCAAGGAGCAGGACAUGGACUUCGAGGAGAAGAAGCUGCACCUGUCGGUGGGCGGCGUGGUGCACGACCCCGACGCGGAGCUGGCGUACGCCGCCGCCGCCGUCGGCGCCUCCCCGCCGCACGACGCGCCCGCGCACCGCGACACCGACAUCUACAGCCGCGCGUACGGGCCGAUGUACCGCGGGCGCUACCCGCGCGCGGCGGACGAGCGCGAGCGCUACUACGCGCGCGAGCGCAUCUACGACUCCGAGCGCAUGUACGAGCGCGCGCC